AUGGCUGAGCCGGUAUCAAAGCCCAGACGCCCGCAUCACAAGAGCCGGAACGGCUGCGCCCAGUGCAAGCAGCGGAAAGUCAAGUGCGAUGAACAGAAACCAACAUGCCAGAAAUGCGAGACCUAUGGAUCACCAUGUUCGUUUCUUCAGACUCACCCGCAGAAGAGUAGAGUCCCAACGGUGGCCUCGAUGCUAGCAUCACCUGAGCCGACUAUCUCAUCCGUCUCAAGUCCUGCAUCAAGCGCUUCCCUACCAACCAAAUUCUCAAUACUGGACAUGGAACUCCUGCAUCAUUGGACCACGGUAACUUGCCAAGUAUCAAUCGACUUCGCCUCUGGCAGAGAGCUUCACCGGACUGUACUAGUUCAAUAUGGUUUCGAUUACCCCUUUGUCAUGCACCUGCUUCUGGCAAUAACCGCUCGCCAUCUUGAACAUCUACGGCCACAGAAACAGUCUGUCUACAAACAUGCAGCUGAUUCUCACGCAGCGGCAGCUUUGUCUCUUUUUCAGCCUGAGAUCGCCAAUCUCACGACCGAGAACUGUCAUGCGUGCUUUGCAUACUCCACCUCCCUGGGCUUGUACACUUGGGCUUCUCAAGCGCUAGACAAACCUUCAACGCUCCUCUUCAACCCUUCAUCAAACUACCAAUCCGCGGAUAUCCAGUGGGUGAGGCUUCACCGUGGGGCAACAACGAUCUUGGCAUCCAUGUGGCAUUUGCUGGAGAAUGGCCCCUGUCAUUGUUUGUGGGACGACUGGAAAGAUCUUGAUGAAGACCGUCCUGAUCCUCUUUGUCCUGAUGAUGAGGUAUAUUUCAACCAGCUGCCCGAAGCAUGGAAAGACCUACCAGAACAGCAGAAAGAGGUUCUGGACAAGAAUCUCAAGGUAACGACAAGAGUAUUGAGCAUGGUGGAUUUCCCGGUUGGACCCGGUAAACUGGCAUCUGGGAUGUCUUGGUUCUCGCACAUCUCGGAUGAGCUUGUUCAAAUGCUGUCAGAAAAGAAGCCGGAAGCCUUGCUGCUUGUGUGUUAUUAUUGUCUGGUGCUGAAAAGGUUGGGCGGGACGUGGUGGAUGGAGGGGAAGGCGGAGAACCUGUUGAAAACGGUCAUGACUGAGCUUGGAGGGGGUUGGGAGACUUGGACGAGGUGGCCGGUGGAGAGGGUUUUGGAAGGGAAUGGAGCGCUGCCUGGGUUGGUGUAUCGGGCCUGGAUUUGA